UGUGGCUCGAAAGCUCGAGCACACAUACCAUUAGCCCGGUGCAUUAGUCCGGAUUAUCUAAGCAAAUGAUCUUUAAACUUUUCUUAAAUCAAUUACAGACUCACUUCGAAUGAAAAACCACAAUUCCUAAAAGGAUAUUUCAUGUGCAGACGGUGUGUUUUACUAAGCGAUGUAAAGUCCUCAGAUUCGUUACACUGGUCACCUAGAGGACUCAUAGAGAGAUGAAGACUCUGGAGGAGCCCCCCUACUUGACAGUAGGGACGGAUGUGAGUGCCAAGUACAGAGGGGCUUUCUGUGAGGCCAAGAUUAAGACUGCCAAGAGGCUCGUCAAGGCCAAGGUGACCUUUAAACCAGAUCUGUCCACAGCUGAGGUUCAUGAUGAAAACAUCAAAGGACCUCUAAAGGUGGGUGCUGUUGUAGAGGUGAAGAAUCCGGAUGGAGUUUACCAAGAGGCCACAAUCAAUAAGCUGACCGAUGCUAGUAUAUAUACUGUUGUAUUUGACGAUGGGGAUGAGAAGACCCUGAGGCGUUCCUCUCUCUGCCUGAAAGGAGCGCGUCACUUUGCAGAGAGCGAGACACUCGACAGACUCCCUCUCACCAACCCUGAGCACUUCGGCACACCUGUCAUCGGCAAGAAGGGCAACCGCGGCAGACGAUCGAACCCAAUUCAAGAAGAAGAAUUGUCUUCAUCCUCCAGCGAAGAAGAGGAGAGCGACCAGCGGCAGAAUGAGGAUCUGUUCGGGAAAGUGGUCUGUGUGGAGGGGGUCGCCACCGGGGAAAAAAAGAAGACCACCUGGUAUCCUGCUCUGGUCAUCUCCCCAGACUGCCACGAAGACGUGACUGUGAAGAAGGACAACAUCUUUGUCCGCUCUUUCAAGGAUGGAAAAUUUAACACGGUGCUGCGGAAGGACAUCCGCGAGAUGAAUAGCGACUGUCCUCCAAAAGCGGACGCAGGGCUCAAACCAGCACUGGACGCCGCUUUGGAGUUCCUGCAGCAGUUUGUCGUGCCCAGCACCUGGAAGACGGAAGUGAAAGAAGAAAGUUCUAGCAGCGAGGAUGAGGAGGAGGAGGAUGAGGAAGGGCAGGAAGAAGAUGCCAGCGGCGAAGAAGAGGAGGAGGAAGUGGAGCCGUUCCCAGAGGAGCGGGAGAACUUUCUGCAGCAGCUCUACAAGUUCAUGGAAGACAGAGGAACUCCCAUCAAUAAACGGCCUGUUCUGGGCUACAGGAACCUGAACCUGUUCAAGCUCUACAGGCUGGUGCACAAACUGGGAGGCUUUGACAACAUUGAGAGCGGCUCUGUUUGGAAGCAAGUUUAUCAGGAUCUGGGAAUCCCUGUGCUCAACUCAGCCGCCGGCUACAAUGUCAAAUGUGCUUACCGCAAGUACUUGUAUGGAUUUGAGGAAUACUGCACCUCCACCGCCAUCACCUUCAGGAUGGAUCUCCCUUUGAAGCAGGCUCCCAAGGGGGAGGUCAAGUCAGAGGGAGAGGCUGGAGGAACCCCUCCCACCGCCUCCAGCUCAGAAGAGCAGAAAGCCCAGGUUGAUGGAGAACCUUGUGGAGAACAGUCUAUAGUCUGCAAGGAUGAGAAGCCUGAUUUGACCCAGAACAAAAUGGAACCCGAUCCAUCAAAAACAGAGGGAAAGGACAGCGGAAAUGACGACGACGACGAUGAUGAUGAUGACGACGACGACGACGAGGAAGAUGGUCCCCUUAAGGGAGACGCAGACGAGGGCUCAUCUACGGCUCACCUCGGAUCGGAGAACAUGAAGGAGGAGCGCGAUGAGGAGGGAGAGGAGGAGGAGAGCAAAGACAACUCUGGGGAUGACAGCAGUCAGGAGGGGGAGGAAGGGGAGGAGUUUGAGUGUUACCCCCCGGGGAUGAAGGUGCAGGUGAGGUAUGGGCGAGGCCGCAAUCUGAAGACGUACGAGGCCACUGUGAAAGAGGCAGACGUGGAGGGGGGAGAGGUGCUCUACCUGGUGCACUACUGUGGCUGGAACAUCAGAUAUGAUGAAUGGAUCAAAGCAGACAAGAUUGUGCGCCCCGCCAAUAAGAAUGUACCAAAAAUAAAGCACCGCAAAAAGAUAAAGAACAAAGCUGAGAGGGAGCGAGACAGGUUGGAGAGGCUCAAUGACAGAGAAGUCCUCGGCCCUUCGCCCAACGCUAGCCGCCUCCCACGCUCCAAAUGUGGCCUGAGUCAGGAUGUCUUUUCCAAGAUGGACGAGGGUGAGGACAAAGGGACUCAGCAGUCUCCAGUCAAGUCUAUAGAAAUUACUUCUAUCCUCAAUGGCCUGCAAGCCUCUGAGAUGUCCACAGAUGAAAGUGAGCAUGAGGAUGAGGAGGGAGAGCAUAAUGAGGAGGAUCGCCCAGGUUGCAGAGGCAGCCCCAGAAAGGCCCCACCGGAGCCCCCGCAAACAUCAGAGUGCUGGGAGAGCGGGACCCCUCCUGAAGCAUCCAAACCUUCUCCAGUCUCAGGAAAGAACCAGGAUUUAGUCAGUGCAGAGAGUGGCGAUGUUGGGAAGCGCAGAAGCCAACCGGAGUUGGAGGGAGAGGGGAGCAACAGGAAGAGGAAAUCUGACGGUGCAGCUGAGAGGACCCCGAAAGGCCAAUCCAAAGCAAAGACCCGGAGCACCAGGAGUGCCGACUGGUUGCCAGUAGGCUCUCCCAGGAAGCUGGAAGAGAGAGCGGCUGGUCCCGGGGAGGAGAAGGGAGCCUCGUCCAGCAGCAGUUCAGAUGAUGAGGGCGCGGCGCUGGCCGAAUCCCAGGCUGAGGAAAGCGAGCGAAGCCGGCCAAACAAAGGUUCCCCUUCCAAGAAGUACAACGGGAUGAGGGAGAAGACCAAAGGUGGCAGACAAGCUGGGUUCUGGGAGAUUCCUGAAAAGAGGGCCAAAAUGUCUGGAAACGCAGAGGAAAGGCCAGCUGUACGCUCUAAAGGCCAAAAGGAUGUGUGGUCCAGCAUCCAGGCCCAGUGGCCGAAGAAGACUCUCAAAGAGUUGUUCUCCGACUCGGACACAGAGGCCGCCAAUUCUCCUCCUCCGCCUGUACCCCCGUGUCUGGAGGAGCCGAGUGUCGAACAGGAUGCUGGACCCGAGGACGAGGCCUCAGAGGAGCAGAUGGAAAACGACAAACUACAGGAGUUUCCGAGCAGCGGCAGUAACUCUGUACUCAACACACCACCGACAACGCCCGAGUCGCCCUCAGGAGGAGGCAGCGCUGUUGAAGAUUCUGGUCCCGCGCAGCCUUCCUCCCCGCCACCGUCCGUACCCCCCGCUUUGCCUUCAGAGCCGGUUUCUGACGCUCUUCCCCCGGGGCCCAUACAGGAGGAAGUGGCAGGUGGGCGCAGUGAGACAGACAGCAGCACGGUGGAAGUGGAGAGUCUGGGUGGGGAGCUGCAAGACCUCCCUCCGGAUGAGAGGGCGGGUUCCCCCUCAAAGGUGUUUGACGUCAGCCUCUCCUGCAACAGCAGCAGCAGCUGCAGCCUCGAGCUGAGCAGCAGCAGCCAACAAGAGAGUGAACAGAAGUCCAAAGCGUCUGCGAGUCAGAAGCGGCAAAAAGAAUCACAGACUGGUGGAGCCGCAAAGAAACCCAAGCCAAGCCGUAAGAGCCUCGGUGUGCCUCCCAAAAAGAAUAGGAAAACAGCCAACAGCAGUGACAGCGAAGACCAGUCUGUUGUUGAGGGCACUGCCAAAUCCACUGCCUCUAAGAACAACGCACCAGACGUGAAGGCUGCCACUUCGCCCAAGUGUCACGGACGAUCUCCCCCUUCGAGCCAUAAGUACCACAAGCAGGGUGACGCCGACCACACCCAGCACCGAGACAACCAUGGAAGAUCGCCUCGUGUGUACAAGUGGAGCUUCCAGAUGUCUGACCUGGAAAAGAUGAGCAGUCUGGAGAGGAUUUCGUUUCUUCAGGAGAAGUUGCAGGACAUCAGGAACCACUACCUCACCCUCAAGUCUGAGGUGGCCUCUAUCGACAGACGACGAAAACGCAUGAAGAAGAAGGAACGGGAAAGCACGGUGGCUGCUUCAUCUUCAUCCUCCUCCUCCUCCUCCCCGUCCUCCAGCUCAUUGACUGCGGCAGUCAUGCUGACUCUGGCUGACCCGCCGGUGUCAUCCUCAUCCUCCUCUUCUCAGAACUCUGGGGUAUCAGUGGAGUGCAGGUGACAGGACGAAUAAGCAAAAAGCCACCGCACUAAGCACUUAACCAGCACCCUGGGGUCACCGCCCCCAUUCCCUUCCAACAGGACAGACAAGUCAACCUACAUACUGUAACUACUGGGGCACAAAAACCAGACCAGAGACAAAAAACAAGAAACAAGCACUAUUUUCUAUUGACAACUGUUUCCUUUCAAGCUAAUUGCACUUAAGUGCACUUUUAUGAAGAUUGUGUAGGGGGAUCAAAUUUGUCAACAAAAAAAAAAUACAAAAUUGUCUUUUGCGCUCUUCUUAAUUGAACAAUUAUAACAAUUGUUUUUGCAAGCAAUAAUUGUUUCUGUUUGAUAAAGUUGUAUUGGUGAGGGAUGAUUUCUAAUGAAGACCCCUUUGUGCUCUGUCCUCAUAGCUCAACACGGUACACAGCCUGUGCUUGCCAUGUUAUUGUGGGGAAUUCAGAGGAACACUGCCACAUUGGCAUUAAGAGCGUAUGAAAUGUAACUUUGCCACGUUUCUCUGUCCACCCUUACUAAAAAAAAAAAGGCCUUCAUGUGGUUAAACCUCAAGUGGUUGAUGACGCUCUUCUCAUGUACAGGCAUGCGGUCCUGUACAUGUUUGCAUUGAGUCAUGUAGGUUUUGAUCGAUAGGGUUUCAGACCAUCAUAGGUCCACUGACAGCCUCAGUGGGUGAAAAUGGAAUGCUACUGUAGUGCCUUUUUGUUCUUUUCCAUGGGGCACUUUGAGAAAGGACAGCACUUUUUUUUUCCAGAUCCUCUUCUCAAAUCAGAGGGUCAGCUGGAAUAAUGUGUCCCUUACAAAAGACUGAAGAAUGCUGUAUGAGUGAGCAGGCAGUGAAGGGCUGAGUCUGACAGAUAAUGAUGGUUUUUAAUCAGCGUAUGGUACUAUUUAAAAAGUAUAUUUGUAAAAGCAGAACCACAUACUGUAUACAAGAAGUAGACGUAGCCACCGUGACGUCACUCGUUGGUUUGUGAACUACUGUUUUGAAGCCUCGAAUUUGACUUUUUGGCCGUCCCCAUCUUGUUGUUUUUUUUUUGGAGCCAGAAGUGACCAUAUUUGGACGAGUGGGUGGAAUUAAGUGGGCUAGCGUUAGCUAAUUAGCUAAAAUCCACGCUAACUGUGAUAUUAAUUGGGAUGCUAAUUUUGGCUAGCGAAAAACAAAAUGUACUUGACGAAAAAAAUGUACAGCUGACUCGUUAGUGUCUUUUAGUCCAACCGAACGCUGAACAAGACUUUUAGGUGACCAAAAUGUUACAAACUUCACCUUCAUGAACUGAAAACAAAAACAAACUGAGAGGGUCAAAGUUCUAAGACAAAAACCUGCCCAAAAAACAAUGUCAUGCCUAUUUAAAUGCCAUCUAUAGGCAUUGCUAAGCCUCACCGUGGUAGUGACUAGUCAAUCACAAGGUAGACAUAUCUACUUUACUGUAAAUGGGACCAUAAUUAAUAAUAAAUCAAGUGAGAAGUAGGGCCGUUUUCUCAUAGACUUCAAGAAUACAGGUUCAAGGCACUUCCGCAGUGGCUUAACUUUUCAGACCCGGUGUGGCUACGUCCACGUCUUUUAUACAGUCUAUGAACAGAACUCCUAUACUGGAUCGCCUGUAAUCUACUACUGAAUACUCAUCCAGCUUGGGUGUAACUAUUUAGUUUGGCAGUAUAAAAUGUGCAAUGAUGGAGGUGGUGAAUCCAGUGGUCUCAUUACUCCAGAUCAUCCGCCUUUUAAAAGCCCAUCUGCUUUAUUUGAUUAUGUUUCCAUCAUCCAUAUAAUCUCCCCCCACCGAUUUGCAACUGGAUCAAGUUUCAGUGAAGGCAGCCAUAGGAGGUAUUUGCAGCAUGUACUUAGUACUGCAGAACACAUGAAUGAAGCUGAAUCCCACUUUUUGCAGUCAUUUAAACAAACAUGAAGUUAUGUAAUUAAGUAUAUUUUUGCUUCAUUAAAUAAAGCAACGCAUAUACUCUUUGGGCAUCUUACUAAUUUUACUCAUGAUCAAAAAUGACAUGCCAGCUUCCUCUCAUACUCAUCCCUACCAAAACAUAUUUGGUUCUGUUUCCUGUACUAUGACCAGAUCAAAGGUAAAGAUAUUGUAAAUGUGCAUUUAUAUCAUAAAGUGACGUAUGUGUAUACAUUUCUGAAGACAUCUCCUGUGUUUCCUUUGUAUAAACCCCCUACUGUAUGAUAACCUGAAGUUACAUUUUGUUUGGCACUUGUAUGUAAUUGUAUGCUUUUGUUAUACAUUUGUAUAUUGAGACGUGUUUUGAGUCAAGCUAUUUAAUAUCUUGCACUGUUAAUAACGUGUACCUUUCUGUACAGACAGUUUUAUGGUUUUAACUGUAGUUUGAGUGUAAAUACUGAGGGUUACAGCAUGUUUGUUCUCCCCUUUGUCCUCAUUUUUGUUCUCUUGUAGGAAAAAAUUUUUUGAGUUCAUUUAUGUUGUUUUCUGCUUAUUUUCAUCAGUUCCAAUACUUUGCUUUUUUAUUUUAUGUUUUGCUUUAGUUUGUAUUGUUUUGUUUUUCUAUAGCUUGUGCUUGUAAGGGAAGAAUGGUGGUUUUACCAUGCGGCUGAACUAUUUUCCAACCUGUACAUGGCCUGAAGCUACAGCUGUAUGAACCUGUAUAUGGAAAAUAGUCUGGAUAAUAGAUUAAGAGAAAGUAAUAGAGCUUAUUGAAAAAUGCUCAAUAGUAUUUAUUAGGCUCAUCUGAUGAUGGUCAUUGUGUAAUUUAUUGUAAAAAUGUAAGCAAAGCAGAAGCCUCUGUUUGAAAUAAAUGCCAUAGUUUGUGAAGUA